AUGCAAGACUCAGAGCUGCUGCAAAUGCGUCAAGCGAGACUUGAUGCCAUCCGAGACAAUAAGAGCUUCAAACAAACAUGGACAGAGGAAAAUGAAAAAAUACAUAAACGGAACAUGGAGCUGAAAAAGCAAAGAGAGAGCAUCGACUUGAAAAUUAAAACCACUCAAACGCUCAUGAAAAAGAGACAAGAAGAGUUAAAGAAAAAGACAAUGAGAAAUGUGGCUCUUGGUGGUAUUGAAGAGUUUGAAAGAACACUCGAACGAUUAGAUCAGCAGCCAAAAGCUGUCACUACACAAGUUAAACCAACAACAAAGGAAGACACAUUGGCAACACCAGAGCUUCACCAAACAAUAGGAAACGAUGCCACUGCAUAUUUAAAAAAGAUCAAAACAAAGAAACAAGAUGAAAAUGCAAGCCGAAAAGAGAAGGAGCAACGAAGAAGAAAAGUUUUAAUGGAACAACAGCAAGUUUUCAAGGACUUGGAGGAAGCCAGAAGAAGAGAAGUACUUCUUGAAAAGCUCAUGAAAAAAUCGGCUGAGGAAAGAAACUUGGCCAAAGAGUUGAAUCAAAUUAAACAGCUGAAACAGGUCAUGAAAGAAAACCGGGAGGUGAGAGAAAAACAAUAUGCAGAGAGACGAAGAAAAGAUUUUGAAGAAAAACAACAACGAGAGAAAGAAUUAAUGGAAAAAGAAAGAGAGGAGCGAAAACAGAAGAAGAAGCAGCUUAUUGAGAAACACAAACUUCUUCUUGAUGAACGAUCUCAAAAAAAGAAAGAAAAACAUACUAGCAUCUGUAAAGAAGUCACCGAUCACUUGGUUGACUUGGCAAUGCGAGAAAUUGGUUACAUGGAAACGACAGAAGGAGAUCCUCCUUCUUCCGCUGAAGUGAGUCAAUGGAAAAAAAUGUUCGUGAAAGGAGCCCCACUAAAUGAAGAAGAACAAUCGAUAAUAUCUGAAGUUGACAUUCUCGAGAAGCAAACUGUAAAACCUCCCUCAACAUUCAACCAAGAUGUGAUCGAUUUAGCAGAGUUCAAAGAGUAUUUCAACUACAAGGGGGCGUGGGAAGAGGAACUCAUUACAUUGCUUCCUCAACAAACUAAUGAUGACUCUGCUCCAAUUGAAAUCAUAUCACCUUUCGUGAAGUCAGCCAUUCAAGAAAUUCAUCACAAGAUUUAUCCUCUUCCUGCACCAAAGACUUCUCCUAAAAUCAAAUCAAAAUAUCCUUACAAUGUUGUAGUUUGUGGCAAACCAAUGAGUGGGAAAACGACGGUGUGUCAAAAACUAUCAGCUCUACUUUCGAUAUACCUUAUAAACCCAGAGAAAUUGUUGAAAGCGUUAAUAGAGCCACUUCCAAACCAGCCUCAAAUCGCUCCUCAAGAAUACCAAGAAAUAGCCAUGAAGGCAAAAGCAUGUAUGAAAGAAGGAAGAGAGGUAGAAGCCUCCUUGAUUGUAGAUUUGAUUGUAAUAGAAAUUGAGAAGGUAGAAAAACUUGAAAAUUCCCAGUAUCAAGGUUGGAUCAUAGAGGGAUUUCCAACCAAUGUUGAAGCAGCCCAGUUGCUAGAAAAGAAAAUUUCUGGAUUUACCUCAUCAAUUGAAGAAUUUAUACGAAACGAGAAAAUUGAAGAGUUUCAGAAUAGCGAAGACGGCAUUGGAAGAAAUUUUAAUUCUUUAUUGGUGAAAGAAUUUAAAGAGACCAAGAAUGAACAUGAAAUUAUGAAAUCAAUAGUUCCAUUCAAGUCAUUCACUACUGUACUAUUUAUUGAUGUUGAGGAUGACCAAGUAUUUGAGAGACUUGUGAACCAGAAAGUAGAUCCUGUAACAGGAAAUGUUUAUCACAUGACAUACUCCCCACCAGAUAAUGUUGAAAUUUUGAGUCGGCUAGUGCCGAUUGAUGAACAUUCAAACUUGGAUCGAGCCCAAAUUAAUACUCAACUAUUGACAUAUAACAAAACUAAGAGGCAGUUAUUAUCAUUUUACAAGACCUUCGAAAACGUGUUCGAAGUAUCAGAAGAGAAUUUAGAAAACCUGGUCAAUACUUGCGUAGAAAUACUGGAGGAAACAAAACGACAGUUGGAGGACAGCUCCCAACCACAUUCAGAAAAUUGGGACAAGGCAGAAAUUUCAAGAGUAGAAAUAACAGAAAUUCAAAAGAAAGAACUCGACAUCGAUUUUUGUAAACUAUUCCUUAAAGAAUGGCAAGCCCUCGAACAGCAUUAUGUGGAUGGAGUGAAAAUUGUCUUUAGAAACUUACGGGAAUUUAGAAAAACAUUUUUCAAACAAUUUUCAGAUCUCAAAGAGCAGUUCAUGCAGUUUUUGCUGAGGCCUGAUGACAAGCAAAGCUUUAUUUCUGCAUUUCAAACUGACUUCAAUCGUUUUAGUUAUGAGAUGAGGAGUAACCAACAGCUGAAACAAGAGCUUCACAGACGAACAGACGAACUUAAAGAAACCUUGUGGAACUUAUGCGAUGAAAAGAAAAUGGAGGCAGAAAAAGAGCUAUCAGAGCAUAUGAAGGAGCCUUGGUUACAAACUCAUAAGAGAGUUGUUGUAAGACAGCAUAUGCAGCUCAUUCAGCUCGAAUUGAACAGGUAUAUCGAACAGGCGAAAUUUAUUUUUGACUACUUGGUUGAGCAGUAUUUGAGUGCUGAUUUAAAUCAAGCACCAAUCGAUCCCAAAAAACCUGUUGCCGCUGGCUUACUUUCUGUGAAUGUCGAGGAUUUAUUUGUGGAUGUAAUUUCCAGUGUUAACAACAUGAAGAGUCCAACAGCAAAGAAAACCUCCAAACCUCCUUCCAAUGCUUCUAGCACUCGUCCAAAGAGUGCAGUUUCAGACUCUUCCAUAGAUGCAAAUAUUGAAGAAUGUUUUGAAAGAGCGAAGAGCGCAGUAGAGAGCAUUGAUUUGCUUGGAAUGCUACAAUCAUACAUUGACAAGAACAGUAAGAAGAAGAAGGAAGCUAGUAAAACAAAGGAACUGUAUCCUGACGUACCCCAAGAAUUGAAAGAAGCCCAACAACAAGAAAAAGAACUUUUCAUGCAACGCAUUGCAGUUAUUAAAUCCAGAUGUACGAACGCAGUAAGAGAACAAAUUGACAACAAAUCACAACACAUAUUUGACACAAUGAAAGAUUGGAUAGGCCAACGGUAUCGAACAGAUAUGGCCAAUAUUGCCUUGCUCACAAGGACCAUUCAAGACUACAUUGAAAAGGAGACACCAAUCAUUCAUCAAUUAAGAAUAGAGGGCAACAAGUGCAUUCUUGAUGAAAGCGUUCAAACUACGUCACCAUUGCCUCAGGUUCCAUCGUCACAUUCUCGAAAGAUUCACCUGGACCAUUACAUGACAACAUCAUUCUCAAAAGCAUUUACACCACAUCAAGUGUACUCUUUGUUUGAGAGGUUACAAGCACCAAGCCCAAGCGGUUUUUCUGAAAUUGAAGAAAUGACCACCACAUUGCUUAUACUUAUUGACUCUACUUUUGGCUCGAUGGAAUUACCUCCUCAAUGGCUCGAGUAUGACAAUGAUAAGGUGAAGGCGAUUGCAUCUCGAUUUGAUCCUUUCAAGAAGGGAUAUAUCAAUUGGAGAGUAUUCCUCUUAUCGGCUUUGUUCUCCUUUUUCCACAACAUUCCAACGAUUGAGGAUAUUAGAAAAUUGUUGACCAUUGUUCAUCCUUUGGUUUCGGAAAAUGAACUUGAUUUAAAGCCAGAACAAUUCACAGAAAUCAUUGUGAGAUGGAUUGCACAAACAAAUUUGUCGACAAACGAAGACGAAGUUGCCAAAGUAUUGUUUAACAUUUUCAAACCAGAUCCCAUGUCAACCACUGUAAAUAUCAAAACUGUAUUAUUAUAUUUAUGUAUGGACAAUCAAAGCGCUUUAGGUACUCUCACCAAGGGUUUUGAAGUGCUUUCCUAUUUCAACGGAACAGAAGGAUUGAACGAUACUGCUGUAUUUGAACUGUUCAACUUUAAUUUGGACGUGGAGGAAGAAAUUGAAGACUCCUUCUCCCUUUCUCAAAUGAGGGCUGUUUUUUCAGAGAUUAAAAGUUGCAACAGAAACAUUAGUUUGGAGCAAUUCUGUUGCAGCUCUAUUGGGCGAAUGAUUGUGAAUCACGCUCAACACCUCAAAUUGAGCUCUGUGUUCUAUUGA